GAAAAAAAAAAAGAAAAGAAGAGAGAGAAAGAAGAGAGAGAAAAUACACCACGACGACGACGACGACUACCACCAAGUAUGCUAACGUGCGCCUCUACCUACAUCCACCAGCCCUCGAUCUAAUCAGUCCAAAUUCGCGAAUCGAUUUUGUUUUUUUUUCUGAACUGUCCGAUUGAUUUGGGGGUUGAAUCUGGCCGGAGUGAUGGGUGGAGACGGGCCGCAGAUGUCGGCGGCGGAGGAGCAGUACGUGAAGGCGAAGACGUCGGUGUGGUGGGACAUCGAGAACUGCCACGUGCCGAAGACGUGCGAUCCGCACACCAUAGCGCAGAACAUAAGCUCCGCCCUGGUCAAGAUGAACUACUGCGGCCCCGUCUCCAUCUCCGCCUACGGCGACACCACCAGGAUUUCUCCGGCCGUUCAGCAGGCGCUUAACAGCACCGGCGUCGCCCUCAAUCACGUCCCCAACGGUGUGAAAGAUGCAAGUGACAAGAAGAUUCUGGUUGAUAUGUUAUUUUGGGCGGUCGACAAUCCCGCGCCCGGCAAUUAUCUAUUAAUUUCCGGAGAUCGAGACUUCUCAAAUGCCCUUCAUCAGUUGCGUAUGCGUAGGUACAACAUUCUUCUAGCUCAACCACUCAAAGCUUCCGCCCCACUUAUUGCUGCUGCAAAGAGUGUAUGGCUCUGGACUAGUCUCUCAGCGGGUGGGCCCCCCCUUACAUCCGCCGAAUCUGCCCAAUUCGUAAGUAACAGCAACAACAGCAUGUAUCUAUCUGCCCCCGACUCGUCACGUACAGAUUCAGUUAUGGUAAACCACCCCCCCGAUUUGGGAAAUCAAAGAUUCUUGAAUAUGGGAAGAGGGACUGAUGUAAAAUCUAAAGGGAAACAGAUUCGAAGAAACGGCACUCAACCUAGUAGCAUGCCGAGAAACCCGAACAACAUAAUUGGUUCUGACGAAGAUCAUAACAUUUCCAAUGGCCAAAAAUACGGGUACCCUAAGCAGUUCAAUGAUCCCCAACAAUUAUCUGGUACUAAUUAUAAUCCAAAAGUUGCUACUACUCACCAAAAUCACUACCCUCAUUUGUUAAGGCCGACAGUUAGUCCACCUGUCGAACCCGCCCUGCCGCAUGCUAGCUCGUCUUUUACCAAUCAGCAUUGGCGCCCGCCAAAUGGAUCAAUGCCUUACAGACCCGACCCGCCCAAUUUGACGUCCGGCCCGCCCAAUUACGUACCCGAUAUCGGCAAUUUAAACAUUUCCCAGCAUCAAAGGAAUGAUCAACAACGAUACGGAGGAGGAGAGAGAAGACAAACUUCUUCAACAGAAACUCCAAACCGUGUAAACUUAAACGGACCCCAAAAAGGAUACAACCCACAAAAGAAACCUUCGACUGCAAUUAAUGGUGUGUGGGGAACACCGGGUUGCCCUAAACCUUCCGAGCACGAACAGGGUCUUAUUGGAAUCGUUAUACUCGCUUUAAACACACUUAAAAACGAGAAGAUUAUGCCGACCGAAGAAAAUAUAUCUGGUUGCGUCAGAUAUGGAGACACCCGACAUCAAAAUACUGAUAUUAAGAAAGCUUUGGCAUGUGCCGUUGAGCAGCAGUUUGUCAUACAGCAACAAUUGGGUAACUUGCAGUUGUAUGUUGGGAGAAACGAGAAACUAUGGCAGUGCGUAAAUCCUAUGGGCGGGGAUCCGAACAAGUGCCCAAAAUCAACAUGGGAUGAAAUUCAGAAAUUUCUGUCGUCCCCUGUUGGACGAUCUGCCAUGCUGGAUACCGAAUGCAGGUACGAGGCAGCGACAAUUAUGAGAAAGAUGUGCUUGAAAGAUCUUUCAUUGGGUGAAAUACUCCAGAUCUUGCAAAUGGUAACUAUGAAAAGAUGGAUUACGUAUAAUUAUCAGUCAGGAUGGAAACCGAUUAAGAUUACACUUGCAGAAGUCAACCCCGAUUCAGAGGGGUUGGCAGCUGCUACAUAAAUCUCGACAAGAAAAAUUUACGUGGAAGGGUUAAGAGGGUAGCGUGGAGUUUCCGCUACAUUACGUGAAAUUGGUUUUGAAAUUAAUAAGAACUGGUUAUAUAUAUAUAUCGCCCUCUUCCCUUUCAGAGUAAGUGGCUGCAAAAGUAAGCAGCCUUUGGACGGUACAAAAGUAGGUAAUUUUUGGUUUCUUGUAGAACUUCUCGUUUAAGACGACUUUCGGAAGGUACUUCACUGUGGUUAGACAAACCAUCGAGACUUUAGAGAUCUUUUAUGAUGCAUGCUAUGGGCGUUAGAUACAGAGGGUGUAUCUAUUUUAGGUUCAAAUGUUUGGAAGAAAAAAAAAUUGGGGUGACCAUACUUGCUUUUUUCUUGAAUUGACGUCCGGAUUUCUGGUCAAGAUUUUGUAUAGUUGCGUAGGAAUCUUCAAGAUCACUGUUGUCGAAGAAAAACCCGAGGGUGGAAUAAUUGUUUUUUUUUCGACAAGAAGAUUCCAGUGCAUUUUCGGAAUGUGUUCGAGGUUUGUGAAUAAGAUGUGCUCUUGUAAAUUCAUAACAAGAUCAAGACAUGGUUUAAGAAAGAAAAUGGCGGGACCGUGGUAACUUCAGACAUCAUCGGUGUAACUAAAGCUGUUCGAGAGAGCUUAGUAUUUGCGGUAGACUGUUACAGAACAAUCGAGAGUUUAUUUAAGCAUAUCUUGAUAUUAGUCGGCUUUGAGAUAGGGGUGUUUCUGCAAUAUCAAGGAAAAUUGAGAACAAAAGACUGCUACCUCUUUUUGCUUAUCCGGGACAAAGGUACGAUGUACAUUGAAAUCCAAUGUAUGUGACGAAACAUCUUAGCGAUUCGCAACGGUUCUUUUACGUGAUGACCUGGCUAAUUAUCCCUUCUUUAAUCCAAAAUACUUCUUCAAAGAACUCGAGAGGAAGACGUAUAUAGUGGGACUUAUCAGACGUGUUGAUCUUAUGGUAUUUCACACCUUUCUUCCCAGGUUGAGAUAUCGUGUAUUUUGCGGAAGACAAAUCUGAGUUGCCGGAAAUUGGAUCGUGGAAGUGAAUUAUAUACUGCUUUUUUUUUUUUUUUUUUUUUUUUUUUUUUUUUUAUGAAGACUUAUUAAUGUACUCGGCUUAAGUAUGUCGUACUUUGUUCCGUAAAACUUCCGAAACUUGAAUGUAUGUAGAUAAGGGUUUGUGACUUUAUACUGCUGAUCCUGAGCAGUACUCUAUAUUGUUAAUUUCCUAUGUUGCAAUCUAGUUUUUAUUAUAGUACAACUUGGGUUGUUA